GAACGGCCAAACCUUGAUCUUCUUGGUCUAGAUAUGCUAGAAAAGCUGGGAAUAAUGGAUUUACCCAUUAACAGUGUCUGCAGCGUAUCGUGUUCAUCAUUGGACACCCCGAUACUUAAAAAGAAGACAGGUGAAAGGUUACAAGAUAAACGAAAGAGGAAGUCAGCCUCUGUUUCUCAGAAUAGCCUUGGCCGCUGUACGAAUCUGAAAGCUAACCUACCAGCGAAAGCAGAUGCCAAACCUACUUCACGUCCGAGACGCCCUAUACCAUAUGCUGUUCAUGAGCCUCAACAAAACUUAUCGGUGGGGAAGCAGCCCGAUCGAUGGUUGUUUAAAGAUAUGGUUCCUACAAAGCAGGCGGCUCGUAAGAGUACGGGUGGCAAGGCACCCAGGAAGCAGUUGGACCCUAGCACCAGAUCCUACGAAUCUUCUCAAAGGGGAGGUGUUAGUGGGACAUAGAUGGAUUUAAAGCAUGAUUACGUCACUACGCGCUGAUUGGCUAAUUUCCUGUCCAAUCAGCGCCUGAUCGAAGCUUGGAGAACAGGAUAGAAAAUUCUCGUCUUAUUAGCUGCAUGCUGAUUGGUCAAAACCAGUCCAGUCGAUCACGUGAAUUUUGUUCCAGAAGUUUUCUCAUGUAAAGGCUAUAAAUAGACUAGCAUUGUAUUUAUCUUGGCCUUCAAGCCUUCUAGCCUUCUUCGCUUUCAAGCCUUUUUGCCUUGGCUUUCGCCAUCACCUCCAGCUUCUUUUCCUUGCUAUUUUGGAAUACAAUCCUUCCU